UAAAGUCUCUGAAUCCUCUGGUUUCUUGAUGUUCAGCCAGCAGAUUUUCAGGUUCAGGAUUUUUGUCGACUCUGCAGAUGAUGUGAAGCCCUGAGUGUUUCUGCUGUGACUCUGGCUCAGAUCUGCUGCCACUCUCACCCUGAAACAGAGGAUUCCUGCUGAAACUCUGAUUGGACCGUUUCACAGAUCCAACAUGGCCUCCUCCGAGGAGAAUCUGGACGACUACAAUAUUUACAGUAAGCUGUCUGAUGAGGAGCUGCUGCAGAUCGCUGUAGAGAGGAGCCUGGCUGACACACACCUUCCUCCAUCAUCAUCAUCAUCCUCAGCUGCUCCAACCCAAACAAACCCAAAGCUCAGACAGAGACACACACCUCCACCUGCACUCCGACCUCCACCUGCACCCCGACCUCCAGACAUCUCAAACUCUGCAAACCCCCCAACAGCCCUGUCGCAGUUUCUCUACAGAGGUUUCAAGAGACAGUUCAGUCCUCUGCAGUCUCUGAUUAUCAGUGGAGAUGCUGAGGCAUUGAUGGAUCUGGUCCAACGGAGGUGCAGCAGUCUGAUGGACCCAAAUGACGAAGGCUGGAUCGCUCUUCAUGAGGCAGCUUAUUAUGGACAGCUACAGUGUGUCAGGAUCCUCAUAAGAGCUCAUCCCAAGUCAGUGAACAGGUGUAGUUUGAAGAAUCAGACCGCUCUGCUACUGGCCACCGAGCGAGGACACAUUUCCUGUGUCGACUUUCUCCUGAGGCACGGAGCCGACCCAAACAUCGCCAACAAGGACCGAGAAACGCCACUGUUCACAGCCUGUGAGCAUCCAGAUGAAGCCAUCGUGGAGCUGCUGCUGAGGUCUGGAGCUCAGGUGAAUUACUCCUGCAGUCAGGGAGGUACUGCUCUUCAUGAAGCCUGCAGAUAUGGACGACCAAAGCUCUGCAGGUUGUUAGUUGAGGCUGGAGCCAAUCUGCAAACCAAGAACAUCUACGGUAUUCAACCGUUCUUCAUUGCUGCACAGCACGGACACGUCGACAUCAUCCACCUGCUCGCACAGAAAGGUGCAGAUAUAAACGGACAGGCAGGGGAUGGAGCUUCGUCGCUAUAUGAAGCCUGUAAGAACGGUCACACUUCAGCUGUGGAGGUGCUCCUUUCUCUGAAAGCUGACGCUAACCGAUCGACAAAGUCCGGCCUGCUGCCUCUUCAUGUGGCUGUUCAGAACAACCACACACGAAUCGUGUCAAUGCUGAUCCCUGUCACCAGCAGAGUCAGGAUCCGGCACAGCGGCAUCAGUCCUCUGCACAUCGCUGCAGAGAAGAACAGGGACAACAUCUUGGAACUGUUGAUCGAGUCUGGCUUCGACAUCAAUGCUGAGCUGUCGGAGGAGCGCUCCAGGAUGUACGAGGACCGGCGGAGCACGGCGCUGUACUUCUCCGUCUACAACGGGAACCUGGAGGCCGCUAAGAUGCUGCUGGAGGCCGGAGCCGACCCCAACCUGGACCUCUUCAACCCACUGCUCAUCGCCGUCCGGCUUGGCUGGGUGGACAUGGCGAUGCUUCUGCUGAAGUUCGGCGCCAAUGCCAACGCUCAGAUCUCUACACAGCCGUCUUCAUUCCCGUCCACCAUCCUACUCAACAUGGAGUGUCUGCCCAUGCUCAAGCUGCUGCUGGACAACGGCUGCGACGCCCGGCCCUGCUUCGACUGUCCAUACGGCCAGAAACCACAUCCCGCUGUCACGUCCUCACGACAUGCUGUUGAAGAAAUGCAGGUCAGCAGAAAUGUACAGCCGCAGCGCUACAUUCAGUUCUGUGAGGCUGUCUCCAGCAUGUCUCUCUGCCGUGUCACUGGUCUGAUCAUCUCCAUGCUGCUGGACUAUGUCUGUCACGUCCAUCUCUGCUCUCGGCUGCUUGAGGUCCUGGACAGUUGCAGCGAAUGGGUGCCAAUCAAACUGAAAGCUCUUCCUCCUCAUCCUCUGAUGCAGCUCUGCAGGCUGAAAAUCAGACAUGUGGUUGGAGUCCGACGACUCAAACUGCUCCACACCCUGCCACUUCCUGCCCGACUCAUCCGCUUCCUGCACUAUGACGUCCACUGCUCACUCACCUAAAGUCACUUGAUGUCACCUGAUGUCAACUGAAAUCUGCACAGUUGUUGCUGUGUUGCUGUGGUUUUUAUUUUAUUUUUCCCCUCAAUCUGUCCGCCUGUUGUAAACCUCUGCUUACUCAGCCAAAGAUAUGUUGUUGUACACAUUUCACGCCAGACAGAAGUUGACAUCAGUCUUCUGACAGACAUGAAAUUAAAUCUGAGUCAUGUAUAAAA